UCAAUAAACGCGACUACACACCUCGCGGUCUCGGGUUUGAGGCCACAAAGCUCAACACCACAUGUUCCAAUCCCCAUCCAUCAUCAAACAAAAUUCUGUGCCUCUCAUUUGAGAAAUCGUAACAGGUCAUAUGGCAAGUGUGGAAGCUGCAAUUCCAUGCCUCCGAUUCCAGCAGCGACACCCUUUCUUCAGGCGACCCACAGCGGAACGGCUUCCCUUCUGCCGGAAAAGUGGGCUUAUUGUUCGUUCCCAGCAACAAGUGGAGUCUAAAGCAUUUACCGAUGAAGAAAAUGCACUUAUUAAUGCCUUGAUCGGCAUCCAAGGCCGCGGCCGCUCCGUCUCCUCCUCCCAACUUAAAGAAGUUGAAACGGCAGUGCAGAAAUUGGAAGAUCAAAAGGGCGUUCCUGAUCCAACAGCCUCAAGCUUAAUUGAAGGGCGUUGGCAAUUAAUGUUCACAACAAGACCAUCAACAGCUUCUCCCAUUCAGAGAACAUUUGUGGGGGUUGAUUCCUUCACUGUGUUUCAGGAGAUAUAUCUUCGAACCGAUGAUCCACGUAUCUCUAACAUUGUCAAUUUUUCUGAUUCAGUUGGCGAGUUGAAAGUAGAGGCAGUAGCUUCAGCGAAAGAUGGGAAACGGGUGCUCUUUCGGUUUGACAGAGCUGCCUUUUCCUUGAAAUUUCUUCCCUUCAAACUCCCUUAUCCCGUACCUUUUAGACUUCUUGGAGACGAAGCAAAGGGCUGGUUGGAUACCACUUAUUUGUCCCAAUCAGGAAAUAUUCGUAUAUCCCGCGGGAAUAAGGGAACAACAUUCGUACUGCAGAAAGAAACCGAACAUAGACAGAAAUUGCUAUUAGCCAUUUCAAAGGGACGACAAGUCAGAGAGGCUAUUGAUCAGUUUGUCGCUGCAAAUCAAACUACCACUAAAGGUGAAUUUGAACUUCUUGAAGGGGAGUGGCUAAUGAUAUGGAGUUCACAGGAAGUAACAGAGAGUUGGAUAGAGAAUGCCUCGAAAGGUUUGAUGGGCAAGCAGAUCGUCAAGCCAAAUGGUCAGAUGAAAUUUCUGGUUGAUAUUCUGUUCGGUCUCAGAUUUUCAAUGACAGGAAAAUAUGUGAAAUCGGGCUCCAAUACGUACGAUGUUGUGAUGGACGAUGCAGCAAUAGUGGCUGGUCCGUAUGGGAUACCGGCAGAACUGGAAACCAAGUACACGCUUCAACUUCUAUAUGGUGAUGAAAAGAUGAGAAUUAGUCGUGGCUACGGAGACAUAGUUUUUGUGCACAUUCGCGUUCAAAAAUGAGCUGCGCAAAAUAAAGUGUCGUGCAUUCGGUCUUCCUUCAAGACACCGGAAUUCUGCUAGCUACAAGACACCUGAUUACUGCACAUAUUUUAGGUGUACAUGAAAUAAUACAUCGUUAUCACUAAGUGCUUGUAUAUUCGUUUAUGGAAAAACUGGACCAUCACAAACAAUUUAGGCCUUAUGUUCCCUGGGAUGUAAUCAAUUGAGAACUAAAUCUAACCCGUACAAACUAAAA